AUGGAAAGCAUCAUUAAAAGGCAAACUGCGGCUAUUCGGGACGUUGAAUCUCAGUUGAAUUUUAUGCAGCGGACCGCCUUGAGACCACUUUCCACGAAACAAACGAAUUACUCUCAACAGAAAAUAGUGAACAGUCCUCAAACACUGAAUCGUCCAGUGCAAAAUAAUCCUCGCCAAGAGCUUCCAGUUAUGGUGCAGGUUGGUCACAGAAACAGCAUUCAGCAUGGGAUGAAACGGAUAAGAGGCGUGCUGUUACUUAUUCGCAGUCUAAUUCAGAGAAGAGUCCGGAGUGAAGUGCAUCUUCCAAGUGCAGGUGUGCCGCCGCUUGCCAACAGCCAUAGGCAAUCCUUUGAUCAAACUCCUCAACGUCCAAACGGAAUGGCGCAAGCCCCUUCACAAGUGCCACGAACGCCCACUCUAUCACGGAUGCUUCAGACUCCUUCGCGCGCAUCUCAGGCACCUCCCAAUCUUUCACGGAUGCCUCAAAUUCCUGUCAAUACGCCAUCGCCUCAGACUCCUCAAAAUGUGCCCACUGUGAAGUCCUCUCGUGUAAAACUGGAAAUACCUUUCGCAAACGAGAAGUCGCUUAUCAACUUCUAUGCACCUAUAGCGGUCCCUACAUUGGAUUAUCCCUUGGAAUGUCAGCGUUGCAAGCUUGCCGGUCCCAACGAUUUAUCUCUGGAGAUCAAGACGGAACCAUCCAAUUUCCUUCUCACGAAAAAAGUACAAGGUGUUAUUAAGUGCAGUUCCAUGAAACCCUCUCCGAAGAAAGUGAGAAUAUUCUGCUAUUUGGAAAGUGCAAUCAAAGUACGACGGUGGACUUCUAGCUUACUGUACAACUUUGCAACUGCGGAGAAGAUAAAGUUCGAGAUUAUAUUUAGCAAAGGUUGGUUCUAUGAUCUUCCUGUUGCUUUUAGCUCGUAUAAUUGCGAUUUGUCAAUUUUCAAAUGUGUUAGAUCAUUUUGCCAUCCUCUCGUUGUGUAG